GAAUAGUAACAUCAAAAGAGAGCCUUUUCUUGGCUAUUCUCACACUCUUUGUCUCUUUAUUUUCAUAUUUUCAUGUUCCCAUUUUAUUUGAAAUCUAGCUAUUUACUUCAUUUUAUUUGCUAAAACCUUUCUCUUUCCAUGCCCCAUCUUCCUCACCCCAAAUAAAAUAAACUCCUUUUUUUUCUCUCUCUCUCUAGCUCUCUCAAUAUAAAUGGCUAGCUAGAAUGUUUUUUCUUGGAUUCAUUCACAUACUAGGUUCACUUUCAAGGGAAGAGAAAAACAUGGGAGAAAGAACAAUGGCUACCUCCAUUUUGUCCUUGAUUAAGGUUUUGGUUUGCCUUUCCUUAAUAUCCCAUGUUCUUGGGGAGAAAUCUGAUCAUCUUCGAGAAGCUGUAAGAAAACAACAUGAUCAUCAAAUGAGGAAAAUGCAAGCUUUUAAAGCUUCAUUUGUUCGUCGCGAUUCGGUUUCUUCUCCUAAUUCUGUUUCUCCAUCUCCAACACCAUAUGCAGUAACUGUGACACCAAGUCCAAGAGUAUAUCACGUUACAACAUAUGGUGCAGACCCAACUGGGAAAAUAGAUAGCACACAAGCAAUUCUACAAGCAAUUUCAGAUGCAUUAGAAGGGCCAAGUGAUGGUUUCUUAAUGCAAGGAAUUGCAAAUCUUGGUGGUGCUCAAAUCAAUCUUGAAGGUGGGAAUUACUUGAUCAGCCAACCUUUGCAAUUUUCCGUUGUUGGCCGUGGCAAUCUCAUGAUUCAUGGAGGUACAUUAAAAGCUUCAGAUAAUUUCCCAACAGAUGGAUAUCUUAUCGAUUUAUCGACUGCUUCAGGCAAUGCUCCCGAAUAUUUCUUUGAAUUCAUAACCCUAAGAGACCUAUUGCUGGAUUCUAACUAUAGAGGAGGAGGAAUCCAAGUAAUAAACUCACUAAGAACAAGUAUUGACAAUUGUUACAUUACACAUUUCACAACAAAUGGUAUUCUAGCCAAAGGUGGCCAUGAAACCUAUAUUAGGAAUUCAUUUCUUGGACAACAUAUCACUGCUGGUGGUGAUAAAGGAGAAAGAAAUUUCUCAGGGACCGCGAUAAAUUUAAUGGGAAAUGACAAUUCAGUCACAAAUGUGGUGAUUUUUUCAGCUGGAAUUGGUAUAAUGGUAUCAGGUCAAGCAAAUUUGUUAUCAGGUGUACAUUGUUAUAAUAAGGCAACUGGAUUUGGUGGCACUGGGAUUUACUUAAAAUUACCAGGUUUAACCCAAACAAGGAUAGUGGAUUCCUAUAUGGAUUUUACUGGGAUUGUGGCUGAGGAUCCUGUUCAACUCCAUAUUUCUAAUACCUUUUUUCUUGGAGAUGCUUUUAUUAAAUUGAAGUCUAUAAAUGGUGUUGUGAAUGGAGUUAACAUUGUGGAUAACAUGUUUUCUGGAUCAAAUAAAGGGGUGGAUAUUGUUCAAUUGGAUCAAUCUAAUGGUCCAUUUAAGACAAUUGAUCAAGUUGUGGUGGAUAAAAAUAAUGUUAGAGGGAUGAAUCUUAAGGCUACAAUUGGAAGUGGUGUUGUUCAAGGGAAUGGUACUUCUUGGACUUUGGAUUUUAAUCCAAUUCUUUUAUUUCCUAACCUCAUUAAAAAUGUUCAAUACACAUUUUUCCCUAGUGGAAAUUCUUUUGUUAAUCAUGCUUUGAGAAAUGUAUCAAAUAAUCAGGUUUUGGUUGAAUCGGAUGUGCAAGUUCCAGCAAGUGUUUUCGUGGUGGCUGAUCAAGGGAAGUGAUCAUAUUCAAGAUAACAUGUAUAGGAUCUUCAGGAAUUACCCCUAGUUGAAUCAAGAAAUUAAUAAUCUAGGGAUGUUAUAUUAUUAGUUUGAUCUAAUCAUGGAUCAAAAAGAAGAUUAGAUCUCUUGAUUCAUUCUUUUCAAGAAAUGUUAUGUUUACUUGAAUUU